UCAGUCGGUGCGCGGCUGUCGGUCGGUCGGUGCGGGGCGGUCCGUCGGUGCCCACCGGCGGGCGGGCGGGCGCGGGGCGGGGCGGGGCGGCCCCGGCCCCUUUGUUCGGCGGGAGGCGGCGGCGCGCCGCCCCGCCGCUUUGUCCGCCGCUGACGGCGGGAGCCGCUGGUCCCGGCGCGCCGUGAGGUUUGAGCCAACUGCCUGGCCAGGAUGAGCUGGAGUUUCCUGACACGGCUCCUGGAGGAGAUUAACAACCACUCAACCUUCGUGGGCAAGAUCUGGCUGACGGUCCUCAUCGUCUUCCGCAUCGUGCUGACGGCUGUAGGGGGCGAGUCCAUCUACUACGAUGAGCAGAGCAAGUUUGUCUGCAACACGCAGCAGCCGGGCUGUGAGAAUGUCUGCUAUGAUGCCUUUGCCCCACUCUCCCACGUCCGCUUCUGGAUAUUCCAGAUCAUCAUGGUGGCCACACCAUCGGUGCUCUACCUGGGCUUUGCCAUGCACCGCAUUGCCCGCAUGCCUGAGUCCUCGCGGCGCCGGGCACCGGCAGCCCGGCAGGUACGCAUGCCAGUGGUGCGCCGGGGAGCUGGGCGGGACUACGAGGAGGCAGAGGAUGAUAAUGAAGAAGACCCCAUGAUCUUUGAGGAGAUUGAGGUGGAGAAAGAGAAGAGCCCAGAGGGCGGAGAGAAGCAUGAUGGCCGGCGCCGCAUCAAGCAGGACGGGCUGAUGCGUGCCUAUGUCCUGCACUUGCUGUGCCGCUCGCUGCUGGAGACAGCUUUCCUCUUCGGUCAGUACCUGCUGUACCACUUCGAGGUGAGCCCCUCCUACGUCUGCAGCCGCAGCCCCUGCCCGCACACCGUCGACUGCUUUGUCUCCCGCCCCACCGAGAAGACCAUCUUCCUUCUCAUCAUGUAUGCCGUCAGUGGGCUCUGCCUCUUCCUCAACCUCUGUGAGCUCGUGCACCUUGGUGUAGGGCGCAUCCGGGAUGCCCUGAGCCAGCCCGACGGCCCCCAGCUCCCAGCUGGCAGCAGCCCCGCACCACAGUACCCCAAGAAAGCCUCCAGCGCGCCUCCCACCUACCACUCACUGAAGAAGGAACCACCGCGAGCCCCACUGCCCAACGGCAAGCUGGACUAUCGGGAGAGCCUGGCCCAGGUGGCGGCAGCGGGGCACUUCUCCCUGGCUGGGGUUCCCCCAGCACACGAGCUGGACCGGCUCCGUGAGCACCUGCGCCUGGCCCAGGAGCACCUGGAGGUGGCCUUCCACCUCCAGCCCCCCCCGCAGCCCCCCAGCCCUACCCGCAGCAGCAGCCCCGAGGCCAACGGCAUCGCUGCCGAGCAGAACCGCCUCAACCUCGCCCACGAGAAGGGGACCGUUGCCUGUGAGAGGACCACAGGGCUUUGAGUGCCACCAGGGAUGACAGUGGUGUCUGCCGGAGCAGCUGCCGCCGCCACCACAAGAUGGGCAGCCUGCCAGGAGCAUGGGGCGCAGGGUGACGUGUGCCUGCCCGGCAGGGCUCACAAGGCAGCCCUGUCCCAGUGGGCAAUGGUGGGGACGGGGGCCUUGGGGGGCAUUCCUACUUAAUUUUCAAAAAGGGAAUAUCUUAUUUUUGUAUGUUUUUAUAAACUCAUUGUGUGUACCCUGGCAUUUUUAUACUUGCUCCCGAUCUCUGCUCCAGACCUGUGCCCCCUUGUCUCCCGUUUCACCCCCUUUCCCACCUGUUUCCUGCAGCAUCUUCUCCUCCCACCUCCCCAUGCCCGCUGCCACCUGAUGCUGCACUGGCUGGUGCUGUACAUGUGCAGGCCAUGCUGGCGACGCCAGUACUGCCACCAUGGCGUGGGAGUUUAGGGGAGCUAAGCCUGGGGGUCCGGCUGGCUGGGCCAAACUAUGGGGCAGUGGGUUGAGCUGGUGUUGUGCUUGAAGCGGAGGGGAUGGGAAGGGUCCUGGCAGCGCCACUGCCAGAAAGUGCCGGGGGGGCCGUGCUGCGUGGCGUCCUGGCACGGGGCUGUGAGCCGUGGGGCUGGCCUGCUGGGAAAUGUCUGUGCAGAGGGCAGGGGCUGUCCUUCCUGCUGCCUCUGUCCCGUUCCCGGCCGGCCGCCCUUGGACCAAAGCCCAUCCCCUCCCACUCUGGCCAUGGGGCCAGGACCCCCUGCAUGGCCGGGAGCCAGCAGGGCAUUUCUCGUCAUCUCAGCCUGGGUCACACAGGGAUUUUUGUAGCAUUGUUUUUUACUCAGAAAUGAUUGUCACUCUGUUUUUUCUUUUUUUUUUUUUUUUUUUUUUAAUAUCUAUAUUAGUAAAGCUGGAGUCAUUUUGUACUGAA